CGAUAUUGUUACAUCAGUGGGUUGUUUGGGUGUUGUAAGUGUUGUGUCUGUUUGGGUGUUUGUCUGCGUAUGUGCUGUUUCCACAACUUAAUGUAAACAUGAGUAACAUGAUGCAAUCAUGGGCAUGGUUUAAUGUUGACGUGCAUGGUGCAAGAGUCGGGCCGAGAGAUGCAGGGGGUGGGGAAGCGGACAGCUGGAGACUCGGAGUGACGGCUUGGAGAGCGUGGAGUUGCGUGCGUGACGAGCUGAGGGGGAGACGCCUGACUGGGCUUUCCUCGCUUGUCACCGCCCUAAGCCUAGUCAGUUUAUCUAGCCUGGGAUGAGGGUCACUGCUUCCCUUCUUAUUAUGGCCAUCCUGAUAAACCGCAACACAAUUGUCUUCCCAACCACUACCAACACCGGGAGUACAAUCAUCUUCCCAACCAACAAUCCCAACACACCCUCAACUAUCACCAACACCGGCGACACAAUUGUCUUCCCAACCAACACCGGCAACACAAUCGUCUUCCCAACCAACACCGGUGACACAAUCGUCUUCCCAACCAACACCGGCAACACAAUCGUCUUGCCAACCAACACCGAUGACACAAUCGUCUUCCCAACCAACACCGGCAGGACAAUCUUCCCAACCAGCACUCCCAACCCACUUCCAACCACCACCGACGUAGCUACAUCCUCUGCAACCACUACAACUCAACCAAACAUUAUCACCACCAUAACCACCAAUGCGCCACCUACCACUAAUACACCCGCUACCGAACCACCAUUUACCACCACUACCACCCGAGUUCCGAGGACCACAACCACCGCAGUAAUGUCGACAACCAUUUCGUCGACCACUACAACCCACACGUCUGUUCCGAUGGAAAUGCCAGAGUUCUGGACUGACUGUUACGGCAGCUUUUUUAGGUGCCAGGAAUGUUUCGUGACGUGCCGAGGCUGGCGCGUUCCUCCCCCGCCCGACACGGAGACUGUGGGAUGCCUCACCAGGAACCUGUGCGGCGAUGUGAGCACGGACUGCAACGCACCGGAGAGCUGUCGGCCGCAGCACAGAUGGCUGUGGAGCAGAGGCCGCGGCAAAUUUCCGUGGAACUCAGGCUGGCCAUGGAAUAGGCAGUCUCCAUUUUACUAGGCCACGUAAGGUUGACGGACCUAAGCGGAACAUGACCCUGGACAGCGGCAAACUACAACCUAAAUUUUUUUUUGUCAAUAAAGGUGUCGGCAGUUGUCACGCUGUUUCCUCUUGCACUGUUGCCAAAGGUGAAUUUUACGUGGUAGGUGGUCUAAACUGACAUCCCUCGGCGGCAAACUUAUUCGGGGAUUCAAUAACUGAGACAAUUAUAGUAUCAUUUAGUCUGUCAGUCCAUACUCAUCACAUUAUUUAUUCAGCUAUUGCAUCACUCGGUGAUUAAGAAAUUUGGUUGAUAUCCUGGCCUGGGUAGGUUAUUUUACCAGGUGUAACAAAAUAUAUCAAUACAUAUACUAUAAAAUGAUGCACAUUGCCCUUGCUAUCUAA